AUGGAACUAACAACGGCUAGUGUUCGCUCGGAUAAUCGGCAACCUCCAGAAAUAACAGAGCAACCACAUCCAGCGUCAAGAUGGUGGAUGCGACAUCACAUGCAUAUCGGAUUAGCAAGUCUGGCUGGUUCAGCUAUCUUGAUGUGUAUUGUGGCGGUGAUUCUUCUGCCAAUUGCAGUGCGCAAACCAUCAGACGAUGAAGAACCAUGUACAACAGGAAUACCAUUCGGUCCGUGGAGCACACCAUCAACACUAAAACUCAAUAACACGAAUCGCUUCAAUUUCUCAUAUGUAGACACACAGAGAGCUAGUUUUGAUCUUUUGUGUGCAUUGAAUGCUACCUGGAAGAUUCAUGGAAUUACAAUUGCUGGUUCAUCCAAUGACUCGAAUUUGUUCUCACGAGCAAAUCUGAAUCAUCCAAAUGAUAUAUUAUUAACUACAGGCGGUAGUUUAUUUAUUGCCGAUUCUGAAAAUCAUCGUAUUGUUUAUUGGCCGACGAAUGUAACAGAAGGUCAGAUUGUUAUCGGAACAGGCACAGUUGGUUCAUGGGCUAAUUUACUUAAAUAUGCCGCUGCUGUUGUAGCAUGGAAUGAUCAAUUGAUUGUUUCGGAUCUUGGCAAUUAUCGAAUUAUGGCAUUUCCACUCAGCACAGACCAAGAAGCGCCCGAUGGUGUGACGAUUGUUGGUCAAUAUGGUGCUGGAUCAGCUUUGAAUCAGAUCAAUUCUGUCUACUAUAUGUGUGUAGAUUCAAUUCGUGGAAUACUUUAUUUGUCCGAUUUUGAAAAUCAUCGUGUAUUAAAUAUGAACCUCACAGAUUAUAAAUUACAACUAGUAGUCGGCACUGGUUUCAAUGGGUCGAAUAAUGUUAGUCUUAAUCUUCCAUUAGGUAUUACUGUCGAUGAGAACACUCGAGCAUUGUAUGUCGCCGAUUCUCGAAAUCAUCGGGUACAAAAAUUCGAUUUGAAUUCAAAGGAAGGUGUAACAGUAGCAGGUGGACGAAGCUACGGAUCAAAUCUCUCGCAACUGUACUUCCCCUCUGGUAUAGCCAUUGAUACCAUUGGGAAUAUUUAUGUCGCAGAUACCGGAAACCAUCGCAUUGUUCAGUGGUUAAUCGGCGCUCGACAAGGCCGUUUAAUCGUACUGGCAUAUCAGGUAACAACAACAGUCAACUGA